AUGUCCUUUCAGAAGAGUAAAUCUCAUGAAAGGAAAAGACAAGCUUUACCUAAAGUGACGUGUUCUCGUGAGCGAGUAAAGGCUGUGUUUGGGCCCCAUGUCAGCAGAAAUGUGACAGUAGAAGAUUCUACAGGUGCAGUUAUUCCAGUUUCUGAGAAUGAGGAGUCCUGUGGAGUCAAACUGACAACAGACAAGAGCCGUGGUCCAGUGUUUCUGAGCAAAUACGACAGCUGUUACACAAAGUAUAAGGACAGAACAGUGAUCGUUCCUCUGCGUGUCCAGCUGAAAGGAAAACAACAAUGGUUCAGAGUGAAUGUCAGUUGUCCUCUGAUCAAAAGACACAGUGACAGUAGGACGCUCUCCCAAACAGGAAAUGCUUUAGCAAAAGAAUGCCAAACUCCCAAAGAUCUGAAGGUGGGUUGUGGUCACAGAGACAUCACAGGUGAGGACUGCCUGGACCGCGGCUGUUGUUAUGACGAUGAGGACGACUUCUGCUUCUACAGACUCAACUCCUGCUCUUUAGACAGACACUUUGUGUUUUCUGUCACAACAGAAGACACUGGUUAUUCCACUUCUUUAAGCAAACUAAUGGUGAAGGAUCAGCCGCAGUGUGUCCCAGUCAUUCUCACCCCAGACACUGCAGUGUUUAAAGUCGGACAAAAGGAGUGUGGGGCCAAGAUGAAGGAAGAAGGAAACAACGUGAUCUAUGAAAUGGAGGUAGUAGGUGGCAUAGAUUCUGCAUUUAGUCUUGAGGUUGCGUGUGAGUAUGAGGCUUCAGAGUUGAAAAAAGUUGCCAAUUUGGAUGUUUUAUUCUUGACAAAUCCACCACCUGCAGUUGGUUUGGGAAACAGUGAAGUUCAAAUGAGAAUAGCCAGAGACGCCUCUUUUACAUCCUUCUUUGCUGAAGAUGAACUCCCAGUGACCCUCCCACUGCGUGAAAAUGUUCAUGUAGAAAUAUCAUUUGUUGGAUCAUCCCCAGACCCGACUCUUUCCCUCCGUGUUCGAGACUGCUUUGCCUACCCAGAGACUAAACACUCUGUGUGGAACCUGCUCUUUGAUGGCUGUCCUAACCCUCUGGAUGACAUGCAAAGUUUUGUUCCUGUGGACAAUAAGGGAAAGAUUGCCUUUCACUCCCAAGUCAGAAGGUUUGAUGUGAAGACUUUUGCGUUUUUGGACCCACACACAGGCCGUCAUAGCACAGAGCUAGUGUAUUUCUAUUGCUGGGUGGAAAUUUGUACUGAAAAUAUGGAGUGUGAGCAGCACUGCUCAAUUACCUCUUCAGAGAGUCAAAGACAAAGACGAGAAGCUUUACCCUCUUCUGAUCACCUCCAUCUCUAUUCUGUGGGACCUCUACAGCUAGGACAGAAUGACACAGAUGUGGACGACAACCUGUGUCUAACAUCUAAGAAACAGUUUCAGGUGACUGUUUAUGUUCUAUCUGGGGUUGGAGCUGCUCUGCUUCUAAUGGCGCUGUGUCUGGUAUUUCGGAGCAUUAGAAGAUGCCAGCGACAGGCACAGGCCCUGGAUGCACAGAAAAAUACAGAACAAACUCAAUAAAACAAAUGAUUCUUUUAUGUGUUUCAAACUUUUGUACAUCUAAAUACAUAAGGAUGCAUGCACAGUAGAUAUUUGAACGCUAAUAUUUUUAAACUGUGUUUACAAACUUAAAAAGACAAUUUAAUAGGGUUUAAACUUUCUCUGUGCCCUCAACAAGGCUAUCCUCUGUUUGUCCUCUUCAAACUUUUUCCUUAAUUCAGCAAUAUCUGUAAAAGAACAGAACAAAAAGCACUCUCAUAAAAAGCGUCAUUAAAAUCUGUUUCCAGAAAACCGUACUUACGCUCUUU